UGUAGCGCAGCACGGCCAUAUACUUAGCUAUUUUCUGAUAUUUUUGCGGAUCCCCAAUGGACAAUUUCAGCAACGUGCAAAUGAUUGGUGAGGGAACCUUUGGAAAGGUGUAUGUGGCAAAAGAUGCAAGAACAGGCAAAAAGCUGGCAAUCAAGAAAAUCAAAAUGGAGAAGAACGGAAUUUCUUUGAUUACGAUUCGAGAACUGAAAGUCCUGAAACAGUGCAAGAACCGGCAUAUCAUAAAGCUGUACGACUGCUAUAUUGAUAACGACAGCUUCUAUAUGGUACUUGAGUAUCUUCCGUUUGAUCUCUCAGCACUUUUUCUGAGCAAAUAUCGAUUUUCUGAUAAACAAAUCAAAAAUCUGGCGUAUCAGCUGCUUCAUGGACUAUCAUAUCUCCAUCAGCGGGGCAUUAUACAUAGAGAUGUCAAAUCGAGCAAUAUAUUGCUCACCCGUGAUGGCCUGCUGAAAAUUGCCGACUUCGGACUAAGCAAGUACGAAUGCAGAGACAUGACAAACCAAGUUUGCACGCUGUGGUACAGGGCACCGGAACUGCUCCUGGGAGAGAACAACUAUGAUAAUAGGAUAGAUUCCUGGUCUGCCGGUUGCAUCUUGUUGGAGUUUAGGGUACAUAAUCCAGUGUUCUCGGAGAACAACGAAGUUUUGCAAAUUACCCGGAUUUUCAAACUUCUGGGCGCCCCUCUGCGUACAUACAGGUAUUCGUCUCUGUUCGAACAAGAGAAAUACGCUGUAAAUUUGGCAUGGUACGAUAUUAUGGAUCGUAAUUUUGGUCGGUACUAUAACCCAGAUUUACUGCACCUGAUUGGUUUACUGUUAAAGCUUGAUUAUAGCGAACGGAUUAGCUGUACCGAUGCCAUAUCAUUACCCAUAUUUGAUGGUGAUAAAUAUGCUUACACCACAAUAGAAUUGAAUGACGUGCAUGAUACGAUCGUGCGCUCACGAUUACGUGAAAAAUAUAAAACCAGGAUAAGUAAAGAUCAAGUGUAA